AUGGCUGCUACCCAUGAAUUGGUACUGGAAGUGUUCCAAGCCCUCACUUCAAACACUCAGAUUGUCAAGGAGAGCAUUCAAAAAGGUGCCCUGAUUUACCUCCUUCAGUUGUUCUGCAACUCUCAGAACCCGACCGUUCGUGAAGAGACUGCCUCCCUUCUUGCCAAGAUGAUUACUGACAAAUUGGUGGGUCCUAAAGUGAGAAUUGUCCUCUCCAAGUUCUUACCUCUAAUCUUCAUGGACGCCAUGCGAGACAACUCUGAGGCCAGCGUUCACAUGUUCGAGAACAAUCAGGAGAACCCGGAGCUAAUUUGGAACGACGAGGCCAGAGAGAAAGUGUCGGGAGUAGUGUCUAAAAUGAAUAAGGAAUGA